AUGUUUGUUCCGCUCUCCGUCCCCUUUCUGUUUCAGCGAGCCGGCUCUGAACACACAUGGCCCUUUAAGUCGCCUCUGUCUCUGGCAGGUGCUGACGAAAUAAGAAUGUCUAAACCAGGGCACCUUGGCAAACUGCACUCAGAGGGGACUGUUGCAGAUAAUGAAAGAAAUGGUGCAGACAUGCUACAUGAGGUGCAACAAAACAAAGGAUCGCCCUUCUCUCUCUCCCCAAAGAUUACAGAUGAAGAAUGUGGGGACAGAUCCCCAUCUCUCCCAGGCACCCCAGUUCCCCCUACACCAUCUGCUCCUUCCACACCACAGGCACCACCUGUCACACAGCAACCCCCCACCUCCAUCCCCCAGACACAGCUUCUCCUAGCUGGCAGCCAGCUUGCUGGGCUCACCGCUCUCCUUCCUGCACAGCAGCAGUUGCUUCUCCAGCAAGCUCAGCUUCUUGCAGCUGCUGUGCAGCAGUCCAACGCCGCCGCCGCCGCCAGCGCAUCUCAGUCAGGGUCUGACUCCCAGACUAACCCCCCCAGCCAACAUCAGCCCCCCCAACUUGCUCUGUCCCAACCCAUCCACCUCACUGCACAGGAUAUUCAGCAGUUGUUACAACUCCAACAACUGGUUCUUGUCCCUGGUCAUCACCUCCAGUCCCACACACAGUUUCUGUUGCCACAGGCAGGACAGGGCCAACAAGGUCUGAUUUCUGCACCAAAUCUCUUCCAGCUACCUCAGCAAAGCCAGGGGAACAUGCUCUCGGGCCAGCCAAGGUCCGCGCUCCCCACUCAGGCUGUGUCUCGCCCUGGGCACCAGGAUCCCCCUCUUAUAUCACACUCUGAGCCAACAUCACAUCCUGAGGAGCCCAGUGACCUGGAGGAGCUAGAACAAUUUGCUCGCACUUUCAAACAGCGCAGAAUCAAACUUGGCUUCACUCAGGGGGAUGUAGGACUAGCUAUGGGUAAGCUGUAUGGAAAUGAUUUUUCUCAGACAACCAUCUCAAGAUUUGAGGCUUUGAAUCUGAGCUUUAAAAACAUGUGCAAACUGAAACCACUGCUGCAGAAAUGGCUUAGUGAUGCAGAGACCAUGUCUGUGGACAGCACUCUUCCCAGCCCCAAUCCCUUAAAUAGCCCUGGCGGUGGAUAUGAGGGGCUUCCUGGCCGCAGACGCAAAAAACGCACCAGCAUUGAGACAAAUGUGCGGUAUGCACUGGAGAAAAGUUUUAUUGCGAACCAGAAACCUACCUCUGAGGAGAUUCUUGUGAUUGCUGAACAGCUGAACAUGGAAAAGGAGGUGAUCCGUGUGUGGUUCUGUAACCGCCGGCAGAAAGAAAAACGCAUCAACCCAUGUAGCAGCAUGCAACUUACCCCCAGUCAGGGAAAAGGGCAGCUGUAUGGAGCACACAUGGUAUCUCCCCCGGUGUCUACCCCCAUCCUAACUUCCCAGGCUUCCAGUAACCUCAGCACAACAGUGACUACCUUACCUUCAACCAUGUUGUCUCUUGCUCACCCACGCCCACCAUCCACUACAGCACCUGUAUCUGCCACCCCACCACCAAGCAACAGCACAAGCGCCAGCCCACAAAGCAGCUCCCACUCUGGACUUAGCUUGACAGGACUAAGUCCCAAUGCAGGGGGCACAGUUCUCGGGGUCAGCGCCGGGUUAAACCCAGCCCUCUUGGCUGGAAACCCACUGGCCACCAUACAAGCUCUGACCAGUGGUGGCUCGCUGCCUCUCUCCGGUCUUGAUGCCAAUGGUAACUUGACUUUGGCAUGCGGAUCCAGCAUCUCUAAUGCUCCGAACUUGGUGAGCCCCCCACUCUUCCUGAACCCAGGGGGUCUUCCCCUCAUCAGUUCCAGCCUGGGACGCAUCUCUUCUGCUGGUGGCACUCCCAGUCUCUCCCCUUCUUCUACCACUUCCUCUGCAGAAGUUGCUGUCCCUACUCUCCAACCAAGUCCAGAAAGCUCCCAGCACAGUGGGGAGAGUGAGUGA